AUGUAUGCCUGGGAAGAGUCCUUCUCUAAAGCUAUUGGCGAUGCGCGUCGUAAGGAAAUGUCCCAGAAAUAUCUACUUUUGGAUGAAAUGGACAUGAAAGAAGUAGCACCAAGUCAAAGUGAAACCAGUGAAAAAUCAGAGUUAAUUAACAAAGAAGUUAAUACAAAAUAUUUCCACAAUGAUUGCAUUAAUAUGGACUCCAAAACGUUUGAUAGUAUUUCAGUGAAUGAUAUGUCGUGCUGUUGGAGAGAAAGCACAUUCCUGAUGUCACUGAUGAAUGAGUUGCGGAUCACUUGUGGUUCUCUGCAAUUAAACGGAACCAUAGCUUAUGUCUCACAGGAGUCGUGGGUUUUCAACGCAAACGUCAAACAGAAUAUUAUUUUCGAUAAACAAUACGAAGAGAAA